CAGUAAACUUCAAACGUCAAAGCAAAAUAAUGUUUUUAAUUUGCUAAUUUUCGUUUUUAAUUGAUUUUCGCUUAAAAAAAUUACAUAAAAUAAUCGCAUUUAACUUACAUUCAAACAAAAUAAAACCAUCAAAGAAUGAUUGAGUUUUUCGCAGGAUUAUCUAAUGUUUACAUUCUCAGUACGGCAACAGUAUUUUUGGCUGUGAUAAUUGCAUUGUAUUGCGCAAAUUUAACAAACUAUGGGGAUGAAAAAUUAUUAAAUGCAACAGAUAAAGAUUCAAAACAAACUGAGGCAAUGAAUGAAAGCAAGGAUGUAGCAGAAUCUGAUUCAGAUAUUGAACUUUCGGAGGGGCUAGUUAGUAAACUAAAGUCGGCUCGUUUAAAGGAGCUUGAGAGCUCUCUUACCGAUGAUCAACGAGAAGAAGAAAGGAGGGUUGAACGUGAACAACUUUCUGCAAUAUUUGAGCUUCUCAAACGACAAGAAGCUGAACUCAAUAUGAAAGAAAUUGACGAAUCUGAAUUAUCAGCCCAAAUGGGAUUAUAUCGCUGAUUCAUAUCAAAAUCAAGGACAAUAAAAUACAAAAAUUAUUUACUUUAGAUUUAUAAUUAGAAGCAGAAUUGAAAUAUU